AUGGCCUAUUUAUUCCCUGAUCAAGGUGACAGCCUUAUCAGACUACUUGUUCCCCUGCAGGUAAAACAACUUGUUGGAGAGGAGGCAUUUUCUCGUUAUGACCGUCUGCUGCUUCAAAAUGGUCUGAGUCUAAUGACAGAUAUUGUAUACUGUCCAAGAUUAAGCUGUCAAACUGCAGUACUGAAAGAGCCAGAAAGUGAAAUGGGUGUUUGCACUAGCUGUUUGUUUGUAUUUUGCUCUAAGUGUAAUCUAACUUACCAUGGAGUUGCUCCUUGUCGUCCUGAAGUUGAAGAACAGGAUAGUCAAGUAAGUGAAAAUGAAAGCCCUGACGAUGAUGAAGAACAGAACUAUAAACUAAUAUACACGCUUUCAAGAAGGAGACAAGCACAAUGGUAUCAGAAUGAAAAGUGGGUUACAGAAAAUGCCAAACGCUGUCCUAACUGCCGUUCUCCUGCACAGAAAGAUGGUGGGUGCAAUAUAAUGACCUGUAGUCGUUGUGGAAGUUUCUUCUGCUGGAUGUGCUUGGCUCAGCUGAACGAGGAUCGAAAUAGUCACUUCCGGGAAAAAGGUUCACCAUGCUAUAAAAAUUUGCAGGUCUAACAUCUGAAACUAAGGCAUUACCUGCUGCAAAACCUACCUUGCAGAUUCAUCAAGAGACUGCCUAAGGAUCAUCAGAGAAGCAAAGUGCAGUAAACAGAGACACAUUUAUGAUGGGAAAACUAACACAUUUUCAUUCCACAUUUAUUAAGGAAAACAUUUAUAAAAUAAAAACAUUGUUUUUAAAUAAUG